AUGCUCUCGACGCAGCACCUCGCGAGCUGGGCUCACCAACUCACCCUGCGUGAUAAAGUCGCCAUCGCGGCCAGUACUGCGCUCGUGUAUUUCGCCCUCCAGGCCAUCUACCGCAUCUGGUUUCACCCGCUGGCCAAGUAUCCUGGACCCAAGCUGCAGGCCGCCUGGUACCUCCCUCACCUCUACAACAACUACAUUGUUGGCAAUGGACACUUCCGGGCCACGCGCUUGCACCGCAAGUACGGCCCCAUUGUCCGCAUCGGGCCGAACCAUCUCGCCGUCGACGGCGCCAUCGGAUGGCGCGAGAUUUACGGCCACAAGACGGGCAAGCAAGAGUUUAACAAAUUCUUCACUCCCACUCGCGACUCCGAGUUUAAUCUCAUCAACGCACCCAAAGACACGCACCGGCGCAUCCGCCGACAACUCGCGCACGCCUUUAGCGACAGCGCGCUCGCCGAGCAGGAAACCGUCGUCCUGCAGUAUGUCGACCUCUUCAUUGAUCGUCUCACUGAGCGCUGCGGGGAAAGCAUCAAUAUUGUCAAGUGGUUCAACUUUACCUCGUUUGACAUAAUCGGCGAGCUCGCGUACUCGGAAUCAUUCCACAGUCUCGAGAGUAACGGCUACCACCCGUGGGUCCUUUCCAUCUUCACUCUGGUCAAGAGUAGCGCUCUCCGCACCUUUCUCUACAACUACCGUUUGCUGUUCCACAUUGUGCAGUCUCUUCCUGUGUCCAUCUCUCCAAUUGGGGCAUUUACGAAAAUCCGCAGCUUCGCGAGCGAGAAGGCGGUGGAUCGGCUCAACGGAAGCGAAAAGCCUGGCCCAGACCAGAGUCAUAGGGACUUUAUGAGCUACAUGCUCCGUGACACCAGAGACGGCAAUAGAGGCAUGAGCGACGUUGAGAUUGUCAGCACUACGCCGACUCUCAUCAUUGCGGGCAGUGAGACGACAGCCACCACGCUUUCGGGGCUCGUCUUUAAUCUCAAGCACAACCCCGAGGCACACCAGCUAUUGCUGGACGAGAUUCGCGGCACGUUCUCCAGCGAGCGUGAAAUCAGCAUGAAGAGCGCCGCCAACCUGCAAUAUCUCCAAGCCUGUAUUCACGAGACUCUCCGAAUCUACCCGCCGGUGCCAGAGACGCCACCACGCCGCUCGCCCGGCGCGCAGAUCAACGGCGAAUACAUUCCCAGUGGUACCAAACUUUCCAUCUACCAGUGGGCAACAUAUCGCAACCCGGAGCACUUUUCCGACCCCGAUGAGUUCCGCCCGCAGCGAUGGCUGCCCGCCACGCACCCGCUGUACGACGCACGGUACAAAAACGACAACAAGGACGUCUUUAAGCCUUUUAGCUUUGGCACGCGCGACUGCAUCGGCAAGAACCUGGCCAUGAAUGAGCUGCGUCUGAUUGCGAGCCGUCUGCUCCACCGCUUCGACUACGAGCUCGCGCCGGGCCAGGACGACUGGAUGGCGUCGCAGCGCUCGUAUGUGCUUUGGGAAAAGGGAGACUUGAACAUUAUUCUGAAGAAGAGGCAGACGGCCACGGCAUGA